AAUAUUAAUAUCUUUAUUGGUUAUUAAUAUUUUUAAAAUAUAUUACAGAUUUGAUAAAUUAUGUAAAUAAUCAAAUAUGUCAUAUUAAAUAACUAAUUGAAUUGUUCUACUAUCAUUUGUCAACAGUAGGACCCUAAAUUAAUAGAUUAGAUAGUCAAUCUACUGCUGACCUACCUUGAGGAGAAAUAUAACGUGUCGUUGUCGUUUUUUUGUUCUGAAGUAGAAAUGUAUAUUUUGAGUCAAAGACGAUGAUCGAUAUGUUAAUAGUUUAAAAAAAAUUUGCAACUGUCAAUGUUAAAAAAUAACAGAUACGGAUCAUUUGCUUGACUAGAGAUUGUAUUAUCUUUCUCAUUUUGACACAUUCUAUGUACUUUACGUUUAUUGUUAGAUAAUACGCAGAAUUCGUUGAAUUUGAUAUUUCUUUCCAAAUCUUAAUACAGUGAUAAAAUCAUAAUUUGUUAAAUUUGUUUAAAAAAAAAGUGAUAUCUUUGAAGGGAAUCGUGUAUAAAUAUUGACCCUUUUCUCUGUCACUUAAAUUAUCUUGUUUACAUCUCAUUUUCAGUGAUUAACCAAACACUUUAAGCUAGAAUAUUUCGUUAUGAUGUCCAAAAUGUUAGUGGCAUUUGUGUUCACUUGUCUACUUUAUGUUGGUUCUGCUCAACAAUCAACAGUUUCAGCACUUUUCGCUUUUGGAGACUCGAUAUUAGAUACUGGCAACAAUAAUCUUCUUGCAACUCUUACCAAGGUCAAUUUUUUCCCAUACGGUAGAGAUUUAGGUGGACUACCUACCGGAAGAUUUGGAAACGGGAGAGUUUUUUCAGAUAUGAUUGCCGAAGGUUUGGGAUUGAAGAAUCUCUUACCAGCAUAUCGUAAUCCAGCCCUCUCGAGCAACGAUCUAGUGACUGGUGUGUGUUUUGCAUCUGGUGGAUCUGGACUUGAUUCUAUCACUGCUAGGAUACAGGGGGUUAUAUGGGUGCAAGAUCAAGUGAGAGAUUUCCAAAACUACAUCACUAGACUAAACGGUGUAGUAGGAAGUCAAGAGAAAACAAAUGAAAUUAUAUCAAAUGCGGUUUAUUUAAUCUCAGCGGGGAAUAAUGAUAUUGCUAUUACAUAUUUCACUACGGUAACUAGAAGGUUACAAUACACUCUUCCAGCAUACACUGAUCUUCUAGUAACUUGGACUCGUGAUCUAAUAAAGAGUUUAUACGAUAUGGGUGCAAGAAAAUUUGCGGUUAUGGGAACACUACCGCUAGGUUGCUUACCGGGAGCAAGAAGCUCGAUUGCAAACUUAUUCAAAGUAUGUGAAGUGUUUUCAAAUCAAGCAGCUGCUAUGUUUAACCAGAAAUUAUCUGUUGAACUUGACAAUCUUGGCGCAACAUUUCCGGGUGCCAAAUUCAUGUACGUAGAUAUGUACAAUCCUCUUAUGGGUCUCAUCAACAACCCUCAAGCUUCAGGGUUCGUUGAUGCAGCUGAUGGAUGUUGUUGUACACCAACGUCUAUAAUGCCCUGCUUAGACGCGUCUAGUUACGUGUUUUGGGAUAUUGCCCAUCCGACCCAGAAGUCAUACCAAACGAUCACACCAAAUAUUAUUCAAGAUAUCAAAGCAAAGCUCGCAUGAUCAAUUUCUCAAACUUUUUUAGUUUGUUUUGAGUAAUACUUCAUGUUCUGUUAUUCUGUUUAACGAAAUAAUAUCUAUCAGUUGUCUCAAUCUCCAUAAUUAUUUUUCAGCGUAAUACACAUUUUGAAUGUUAAUGUUGAGUGUAGUGUUUUAUAUUAGGGUUCAGAUCUCAUUUACGGGCCUUGGAGCUUUCUGAUAAUGCUUGCUAGUAUCCUCCUGAAGAUAUAUCAACUAACAUAAAACGGUGGAUUUAACAAAUUAAAAAAAGUUACUUUUGUUAUGACUUUCUGAAGUUUGAGCAUAACUUUUCCAAAAUAUUUUAUAAUUAGUAGUAAGAUUUAUUAUGCUAUUGUCAUUUUCUCUUCGAGUUAAUCGAUAUGCCUGCUUUGAUCAGAGGGCCUUCAAAGUUCAAACCACCGCAUUCAGGGAGCAUCUUUUCAUGUCGA